GCCCAUAAAGCGGUCCGCGGUCACACGCAGGCAGUAAAGUUAGAGGAGAGACUCGGAAGGCGUUGCGUCGGAGACCCCCGGGUAGACCCCUGCUUGCAGAAGCCAGGAUGCAGAGGCUGACCCUCCUGCUGUGUGUUGGAGUACUCUUCUCCUGCUCCCUUGCUCAGCUGCCGGAUCUGGAAGAGGGCAAUGCAGAGGAGGAAGCACCAGUGGAUCUGUUCACCACACCCACCACCAAAAUGGCUGCCUCCACCUCUGACUUUGGCUACAACCUGUUCCGUCAGCUGGCUGCUCAUGACCCCAAGGCUAGCGUCCUGCUGUCACCCAUUAGCAUUUCUGCAGCACUUACACAGCUCUCCAUGGGGGCAUCCCCUGAGUCAGAAAAACAGCUGCACCGGGUGCUGCGCUACCAUACUCUUCAGGACCCUCAGCUACAUGACACACUGCGUGACCUGCUGGCCUCCCUGCGCACAUCCAGCAAAGGCCUGAGCUUCGCCGCCCGCAUCUACCUGGAGCGCAGGCUACGGCUGAAACUAGAAUACCUGAACGCGGUGGAGAAACAGUAUGGGGUGCGCCCCAAGGCCCUGAUGGGUGGGGCCAGGGACCUGAAAGAAAUCAACGAAUGGAUCAAACAACAGACUGGGGGAAAAGUGGACCGCUUCUUGACAGCAGCCCUUCCCCGUGGAGCUGGUGUUGUACCUCUGGGUGUGGCAUACUUCAAAGGUCAGUGGGUCACCCGGUUCAGCGAGAGUGGGACCAUGCAGGACUUCCAGGUGGAUGGAGCAGAACCAGUCAAGAUAGCCAUGAUGCAGCAGGAACGGUACCCAAUAAAACUGGGUAAUGACCCUGACCUUAGUUGUACGAUUGCUCAGGUACAGAUGGAUGGCGGCAUUAGCAUGAUCUUCUUCCUGCCAGAUGAGGUGACUCAGAACAUGACGCUGAUUGAGGAGGCCCUGACAGCUGAGUUUGUGCAGGACCUCUCCAUGACACUCCAUCCCGUCCAGGCUGACCUCAUACUCCCAGUGCUCAAGCUUAGCUACUCUGUUAACCUGCUCCCCCAGCUGUCUGACAUGGGCCUGUCUGACUGGCUGGCCCAGACCAACCUGGUAAAGAUCAGCAACCAAGCGGUCAAGGUGAGCACUGUUCACCACAAGGUGGUCAUGGAGACUGUUCCAGAGGGGACCCAGUACCCAGGCACUGCCCCUGUGUCUGGUCAGCAGUUAGCCUUGCCCUUUCGUGUGGACCGGCCCUUCCUUUUCUUGGUGCGGGAUGAGCCCUCUGGAGCGCUGCUGCUUAUCGGAAAGGUGCUAAACCCACGCGAUCUGGCAUGAGCAAGGGAAUGAGGGAAACGAGCCUCCCAACUCAUGGCCUGCUUCUCCUGCUACAUACGACAGACCACACAAACGUGUGUGACACAAAAGCCCUUUUCGCUUCCCUUUCCAUCACAACACAGGUUUUGACCCAACAGCCACAUACGUUAGAGCAGCGCACAACAUCCUAAACUAUGCAGUUUUUCCACUUUUAUCUCAAAGGAAAACAAAUUUUGAAUCAUUAGCCACAUACCCAGAGCUUUAAAACCUAAACUAUUCCAAGUCAAAACAUAACUUACAUCAUACUGUCUGUCAUAUUAUGUACAUAUUUUGAGAUCAGACACUAACCUUGUGAAGAAAUCCUGACCAUUAUUGUAUUCUUUAGCCUGUGCUGAUUCCUUUUGUAUAUUUAAAUCUAUUAUUUUCUCAGUUUUUUCAAAUUAUAAUUUCAUGCCUGAGGUUGAAAUGAGAACAUAUUUGUAUAUGUUUAAAGCCUAUACCUGAAACAUACUGAUGUUCUGCCAAACAAACAAAAGCCAAGCUAACGAGUACAACAGCAAUUCACCCCCAGUGAACUAAGCCUUUAAUCUUGGUAUAAUGGUUAAAAUGUGAUCCCUAUCCGCUAUACUAUCAGAUAUAUGCUGGCUUUUAAUGUAGCUUUUGCCUGAACUUUUUUGAUGUUGCAAAUAAUUGUGUGUCAUUGGCUGUGGCAGAGAGCAGGCUGGAAAAAAAGUGUGUGAGCUGGAACAUCCAGCCUGCCAGCAAGGAUGACACCCGCUGCUGACGUGUGUUCUGUGUGCGUGUCAACUUUAAGGCUACUUUGCCAUUAAUGUAUUGUCUUACAGUGCCAUAUAAAUAAACAGAUGCUCCGCCUGUGCACUUCCAGACAACUCGGUUUCUCGUUUACUGGAAUUCGUUAUAGCUAGGCUGGGAACUCGUCCCAAAAUCAACUAGACAGCCCAUUACAGGCUGGAUGGAAGCAACGGAGAUCACUGGCAGCCUCUUUCUUCCCCCGUCUCCUGCUUGUCAGCACACAGCCUUUCUGUACCGGCUUGUCUAACACUUAGACCUGAACUCCUUACCUUUAGAAACAAGUCAGCCAGUGAAGCCUAUUCACUUUUACAACUUUGCAUAUUCACAUUUAAGCUUGCAGUCUGUAGUGGGCAAUGGGUUGCAGAGUGGUUAGAGAGGUUGCAUUGCAGUUGGAAGAUCCCAGGUUUAAAACUCAUUUCUACAGUAGGACCCCUGAUGAAACCUCUUACCCUGACUAAAUGGGUAAAUCAUUGUAAAAAUGGUGGCAUGUUACCUUGGACAAAAAAAUAAAAAAGGC